AUGGACCCCCUAUCUUCUGAAAUUCAUUGCUUUUAUUACUUCCAGCUACCAUGGACCCCCUAUCUUUUGACAUUCAUUUACUUUAUUACUCCCAGCUAUGAUGGACCCCUAUCUUCUGGCAUUCAUUGCCUUUAUUACACCCAGCUACCAUGGACCCCCUAUCUUUUGACAUUCAUUGCCUUUAUUACUCCCAGCUAUGAUGGACCCCUAUCUUCUGGCAUUCAUUGCCUUUAUUACUCCCAGCUACCAUGGACCCCCUAUCUUCUGACGUUCAUUGCAUUUAUUACUCCCAGCUAUGAUGGACCCCUAUCUUCUGGCAUUCAUUGCAUUUAUUACUCCCAGCUACCAUGGACCCCGUAUCUUCUGACAUUCCUAGCCUUUAUUACUCCCAGCUACCAUGGACCCCUAUCUUCUGGCAUUCAUUGCCUUUUAUUACUCCCACCUACCAUGGACCCCCCUAUCUUUUGA